AUGUGUAGAUGUGUGUUAUCAACUGACUACGUAUAAAUAAAUGCAGUUUAUGUCGGAAUGGUAUCACUCAGUCUGUGCACGUUGGAACAAGCCAACAUGUUGCGUGUUGUGGCUUACGUCUGCGCUCUCCUGGCACUAGCACACGGACAGACCACCAAUGUACAGUCGUGUUCAAACAAUGCACCCUUACCGAUCCACGCGUACAUUGAGGGUUGUGUGGAGCCGCCGUGUGUCUUUCAGCCGGGCACCUAUGUGGUGGUAAACGUCGUAUUCCGAGCACCGCGCCGUAUCCAAAGCAUGACAACUCAUGCGACAACAGUUUUCCUUUGGCCGUCACCAUUCAUUCUCGGAGAGGCCGCACACACGUGCAAUUACCUCACUAACUCCCAGUGCCCUCUUGAUAAGGGAGAGGUGGUGCAGUACACCCUACAUAUGUUCAUCGAGACAUUCAUCCUUGGCAGUACACAGGUACCAGCCGAGUUCAGGGUUACUGAGGGGCCGGGAGCCACGGACCCAACAUUAUGGUGCUUCAGUGUCCCGGUCAUUUUUGGUCGUAGAUCCCAGUUUUAAUAUUUCUGCCCACAAUGCUACUAUAACUGAUAAAGUAUAAUCUUGAAAAAGCUCUAAUGCACCCAUCAUCAACGUUACCGACAGCCCAUAAGAAGAAGAAUUACGGAGAAGGAUUGAGCAUUCAUCAUCACGCUUGCUCUCGUGGAUUUGCGAUUUCAAACUUAAUACUAAUUAGAUGUUCUAAGUCCAGUAUAUUGUCAGAUAGCCGCUAUCUAUUAUAAUAAUAUAUACUUAAUAUUGAAAAUAAAAUAAAUUAAUAAUUUGGUUUCCCUCAAUUUGAAACUGAUAUUUAGUUGUGAGAUUUAGUUUAGAGGUAAGAUUAUUUUUUACACAAUAAAGAAAUACGCCAUUAAGAA